UCUAUCAUGGAGCGGCCAUUUAGAAACAAAAAGGAGGCUGUUAACCCAAGCACUGCUGGCAGCAACGUGUCAGAUGUUUCAGCAAAACUCUUACCAUGGAUGACAAAUUUGACAAAGCUGUCACUUAUAAUGUACACAUGUAUUGAAAAAUGGGUGAAUGAGAUGGCUGAAGUCCCAGAAAAAUGCUAACAAGGGAUUUUACUUUUUUUUUUACAAUGUUGAAGGUAAAGGAUUCAUUUCUCGUUUCUCACAUUGUGUAACCACCUGUUCAAUAACACAUGCAUGUAGAUCUAUACUUCAGCUGUUAGAGAACUUAUGUUUGAUUUUUCAUUUUCAUUUGCAAGGUGUGAGUACCUUAAUAGAUCUAUAUCAUUGCUCCUAAUUAAAAUCUGAAGUUUGAAACAUCAUGAUUGAACAGGUGUCAACAGUUUGUGUUUAAAGCUGUAAUAUGGGUCUAAAUGUUUUAUUACAACAAAACUACUAUACUAACACACACGUAAUUAUGUUCCUUUAAUUUAGUGAGAAAUGCCAAGAAGGUUUCGAUUAGAUCCAGAUGUUCCCUUCCAUGAAAAAGAAUGAUCCACUAAAGGAAACUGAGGGAUAUCAUCUAUACUAUACAACCCAGUCAGAAAAUAUAAGAAAAGCCUGUCUCAGAUGUUGUCCACACAAGGUAUUCAAACCCCAGGUAUUGCAGUUUCUUCCUCAUGAAUGGCCAGUGCCAGUCCCUAGCAAGGUUGGAGCAGUACCAUCAGGCAGUAUACUCAUUCACCAGCAGCAUAUCAUUGAUCCACAGGAUGCUAUCAUCAAUGUUGCAGACACUCCAGAAUGUCCACUCUGCCCAAAACCUGUACUUGUUCAACAGUAUGAUUUGACAAUCUUAUUAUGGAACUUAGAUCUUUGUAUAAAGGGCUUUCCUGUACUUUUGUGGAAUCGGAUGACAAUGAGGCAUCAACCCAUCAACAAAGUGAAUGCCCAGAAAGGAAAUAAAUUUGAGCUUCUCACCUCACAGCAUUUAACUUCAAAAAUGUCUGUUCAUGGAAAACACUUUUUGAAUAUUUUGCAAAGAGGUUAAUCAUUGGCAAAUUAAUCCAGACAAGUACAAUGCAAAGAGUUUUGGAGUUGGAACUGAAAGCUGCAAAGUUUUAUGUCAAAAACAAAUGGAUAAGUGUAUAUAGCAUUGGAUUUGUGAUUAAUCCAUCAGCUCCAUAUCUUGGGUGCUCUCCAGAUCGCUUUGUGUAUGAUACAUUGCCUCCAAAUGACCAAAAAAUGGGAACUUCUUAAAAUCAAAUGUCCACAGAAAGGUUCUUAUAAAGAAUGUUCUUGUCUGAAGCAUGUAUCUGAAGAUGUGGAAUUUUAUCUCCAUAGAACUCAUGAAUAUUAUCAUCAGAUCAUGGGACAGUUGGGACUAACAGGCUUUAAGUGAUGUGACUUUAUGAUUCUUUACAAUGAUGAUUUCAUAAUCAAAAGGAUAACAUCUGAUCAGAUGUUUUUUGCAGGAUAUGAAGGAGAAAUCGGACAAGUUCUAUUUUCAACAUU